GAGCAGGAUGAAGUGAUGCAAGGAACUAAUUAUUUAGGUUUUGAUCAUCAGUCUCAGUAGAAGAAUUCCAAUCUCAGCGCCAAUUGAGGCAGGCUGUGUCCUGCCUCCUCUCAAGGGGGUUGGGGUUUAAGGAUUUAUUUGAAUAUUUAAAGAAGCGUGCUCGCUUUCCCGCCAAUGCCAUCCCUCCCGACUCCCGCUCCGGAAAGUAAUGAGUCGGAGCAACCUGCACCACCUUUUAAGUAAAUGUGGAACCCUGAAGGAACUCCAACAAAUCCAUGGCCAAGCCAUCACGCGAGGCCUCCACCCCCACCUCCAACCCCUCUCCUGCCAAAUCCUCAACUCCUAUGCCCGAUUCGGCCGAACCGUCGAAGCCCGCGAGCUCUUCCUCGAAAUCCCCCACCCCGACCUCGUCUCCAUUACCAGCUUCAUGUCACUUCACCUUCAAACGGAUCAUCCUCGCCGUGCCAUCUCCUUGUUCUCCGAAAUCGUUGCCUCGGGCCGACGACCAGAUGGCUUCAGCAUCGUCGGCGCCCUCUCGGCUUCCGGCCGAAUAGCAGAUCCAGCCAUUGGUAAAUCACUGCAUGGUUUGGUCUACCGCCAUGGAUUAGGCCACGAGUCGGUUGUGGGCAACGCAGUGAUAGAUAUGUACUGCAGAAAUGGGACGAUUCGGAUAGCCCGGAUGGUUUUCAACGAAAUGCCUGCGAGAGAUGCGGUCACUUGGAGCAGCAUGCUGCAUGGGUACAUCAAGUGCCAAGGACUCGAAUCAGCUUGCGAGUUCUUCGACGAAAUGCCGCAAAGAGAUGCAGUCUCAUGGACGGUGAUGAUCACAGGUCAUGUGCAAGGGAAGCAGCCGGUUCGGGCUCUGGAACUCUUUCACCGGAUGAAAUCAGAAGGUCAUGAUCCAACUCUGGUCACGAUUGUUGGAGUUCUCUCGGCUUGUGCUGAUAUCGGUGCGCUAGACCUUGGCCGUGCAAUUCAUGGGUAUAUCAACAAGACAAAAAAUGUAGGCUCUGAUAUUACUGUUUAUAAUGCUAUUAUAGAUAUGUAUGCAAAAAGUGGGAAUGUCGAAAUGGCAUAUGAUAUCUUUAAAGAGAGUAUUUAUAAGGAUGUUUUUACAUGGACAACUAUGAUUGCAGGAUUUGCUGUUCAUGGCAGUGGAAAGCAGGCUAUGGAAGUAUUCUUGGAGAUGCUAAAUGCAGGAAUUGAGCCAAAUGAGGUCACAUUUUUAGCUGUUCUAUCAGCAUGCAGCCAUGCAGGAUUUAUAGAUGAAGGGAAGAAAUGGUUUGAGAGUAUGAGCAGAGCGUACAACAUCAGGCCCCAAAUUGAGCAUUAUGGGUGUGUGGUUGAUCUGCUAGGGCGAGCUGGGCUACUAAGUGAAGCAGAGUUGUUGAUAGAAAAGAUGGGCAUGGAACCAGAUUGUGUUAUAUGGAGAUCGCUGCUCAAUGCUUGUCUGGUUCAUGGCAAUGUUCGCUUGGCUGAGAUUGCAGGAAAGGAGAUCAUGAAGAGAGAGCCAGAUGAUGAUGGGGUCUAUGUGCUUCUGUGGAAUUUGUAUGCUUCUUCAAAUAGAUGGGAAGAAGCUCUGGAAAUGAGAAACAGAAUGAGGAAUAGGAAAGUGAUAAAGAAGCCCGGUUGUAGCUGGAUAGAGAUCGAUGGCUUUGUUCAUGAAUUCUUAGUGGAAGACAAGAUGCACUGCCACCGAAGAGAAAUCUUUCUAGUCCUGGAAGGAAUGGCCAGGCAGUUGAAAAUGGAUGACACUGUCUUCCUAUUUCAAGAAGCUGAUCAAAGGGAAUUUUAUUUAGGGUUGAUGAUUUCAGAUGGCGAAUUUUGUGCCCCUUCACUUGAAAAAAGGGAGCAGGGUUUUGCGUAGGUUGAUGACUUAACUAUGAUGAAUUUUGUGCCCCUUGACCUAAGAAAAGAGAGCAGGCAUACCC